AGAAAUAAGACGACAGGGUUGACGCUCAUUCGACCAGCGCCAAAAGUGUUUCCGAUCCAGGCCUCAUAAGCGCGCACCUGAAACCGACAAAGCGCGCUCGCGAGCCAAUACCACGGUAGAUCGCCGCCAACCCGGAUCGACAGCAGCCAGCCCAACACGGGGUACAAGACUGCCCACAAAGCAGCAACUGUUUUAUAUUCUGUUCGACUGCACUUGAAUCUCCGGUGUUUCCCUGGUUUUGUCCCACUCCUUUCAGUCAGCAAAACAGGAGAACACGUCCGCUAUAGUGACUGAAAACCCGCAACAUGAGCAGCAUAGCUCUUAAGCUUUUCAAGAAGCAGGCUGAGGCAAAGCUUGGCAAGCGAAACACCAAUUUGGAGGACCCUUACUAUUAUGAAAAGCAAGUCGAGGUAAGGGGCAAGACCACGACUAAAAGAGACGAAAGGCCUCUCCCGGAGGGUCUGUCAGCAAACGACCGAAAAAUCCUCAAGGACGUCCGAAAAAGGGCCCACCGAUUGGACCAGUCGUUCAGUUUCUGCGGCUUCCAGUUCGGGUGGUCCGCGUUCAUCGGCCUGAUCCCCGUUAUCGGCGAUGCCAUUGAUCUGCUAGUCGCGCUCUCCCUCAUAAAAAAAGCGGCCAAGGUGGACGGCGGCCUGCCGAAGCGACUGUAUAGCAUGAUGUUCACCAACAUCAUGCUCGACUUUGCUGUCGGCUUCGUCCCCAUUCUCGGAGAUCUGGCCGAUGCCUGGUUCCGCGCCAACACGCGCAACGCGUGGCUGCUCGACGCCUAUCUGACCGCAGAAGGCGGAAGAAUCCAGACGAACGCCAUUGUUGAUCCAGAAGAACGCCAUUGUUGAUCCACAUACCGGGGAGUCGGUUCCGGUGCCCCAGGAGUUGGUAGGAGCCCCGCCGAACGGAGACGUCGAACAAAGCGUCCAACAUGCUCAGAUGGCCGAGUCAGCACGCGCGACUCCCGCGGCGGCAUCACCCGCCCCGACACCAGCUCCGAAGAUGUACAAAGCGCCGCAAGGGCGCAGUCUGACGGGCCAGAGUGCGGGCAUCCGGCAGGUACAGGACCCUCGAUAUAAGACCGGUCGAAAGUGGUAGGAUCCGUCGAGGAGCGGCUU